AUGGAGAACGACAACACAAAAGUUUCAUCUCUUCAAUUUAUCAGAAAUGUGAAAUAUCAGUGGUCCGUUGAAACUGUGGCCGAUUUUCUAGAGAAUAAGUUGCCGCAUUUGGAUUUUGAUAUUGACACUAGUUGGUAUUUUGAAAGGAAAUCUGCUCUGGAAAUGUUGGUAGACGAUAAGACACAUCACAACUCUAGGGAUAAAUCAGUGAUGUGCCUUCUUCUAAAGCAUGGUGCUAAUCCUCUGAGGAAACGUAGACGCGGUGGAACCAUUAUUCAGGGUAUUUUACGUAACAACGAUUCUGCCUUGAUCAUCGAGUUCCUGAAAUAUGUGAAAGACAUCAACAUGCUCUAUGGCAAAAGCACUGCGUUGCACAUAGCCGUUGAAAGACAAUUGAAAGACGUGGUUGAGUAUAUUGUUGGGCGAGAUGCAGAUAUAAAUAAAAGGUCUUUUAACUGGUGUACACCUUUGCAUGAAUCGGUAAAAAGUGAAAGUGCUGACAUAACCAAAAUACUUCUAGAAAAUGGGGCGGAAAUCGAUGUAAAAAGUGAAACAGGUCAAACACCACUGCAUUUGGCCGUCGAAUACAAUAAUCUUGAUCAAGUCAGGACGUUGAUAAUAAACGGUGCCGACGUGAAUUCAAGAGAUGCUGUGGGAAGAACUCCUCUACAUACUUUGUGUUUUAAUAACUCAUUUUAUUUCGAAUUAUAUGAGCUUCUGCUACAGAAGUGUGAGGUGAAUGCAAAAGAUGACAAAGAACUUACACCGUUGCAAUAUUUGAUUGGACUAUUACCGGUAAAUUCAUCAACAUCCAAGAAAAAAGAAUUGAUAAAUUUAUUUUUGAAAUAUGGCGGGAAUUUACACGAACCAUACCGCUUUGUCGGUACAGUAUUAGAUGCUGCAGCCAUUAUGAAUCAUUCUGUUCCUUUUUUGACCUUCUUAAUAGAAAAAAUUGCAGAUAGAACCUUUGCGGAUACAGGAUCCGCAACAUUCAUGGAUUGUAUGAAAUAUAGGAGCGGCAAACAUAAAGUUAAAGAAGUACUGAAGUUUUUGUUUGUUCGAGAAUGUGAAAGCAAAUUUAAAUUUAACGAUGAUCUAUUGGAAUUCAUUGAGUCUGAUGAACAAUUCAUUGAAUUCCAGAAGUCAUGUGAAAACGAGUUGAGCAUUCUUAAGGGAAAAAAUUUGAGAGAUAACGACCCUUUAUCCUUGUUCACGGUGCUGUCAGCAAAUGAGAGGGAUUUGGCGAAACUUUAUCGUCAAUAUCCUUCAAGAACUACUGGAAUAACCGAUGUUACAACGAAAAGGUUUCCAAUUUAUGGGAAUGAUUUGGUAAAAAAUCAUAAAAGUGCUAUAGCGAUACUUGAAGCAGAAAUUUCAAUAUACGAUUUCCUGACUAAAACUAGUAACAAUGUUCUGGAUCAAUAUUCAAUUUACGAGAUCACAAAGUUCAUACCUACUCAGGACAUAGUCAAAAUACCUCUAAAAUUAAUGUAA